ACACAUCCUUAUUUCAACCGUCUUGACGUUUAAUCGUCGACAAGGCUAAAGCCAAUAAUUUCCAGGUAGUGAAUCAACCCCAACACUGCAAGGAUUCUCCUAAAGUUCUCCACUUCAAAUCUCUUCUCACUUGUCAUAUCGACGGACUGAUCGAUCGAUCAAUCAAUGGCUGGAGUAUCGUUGAAGUGCGGGGACUGUGGAGCCCUAUUGAAGUCCGUACAGGAGGCUCAGGAGCACGCCGAGCUGACCUCUCACUCCAACUUCUCAGAGUCCACGGAGGCCGUCCUCAAUCUUGUCUGCACUACUUGCGGAAAACCUUGCCGAUCCAAAACAGAAAGUGAUCUGCACACAAAGAGAACUGGACAUACAGAGUUUGUGGAUAAGACUUCUGAGGCAACAAAACCAAUCAGUCUAGAGGUUCCAAAGGCACCAAUGGAUGUCGAUGAGCCUGUUGAUGUGAGCGCCAGUAGCCAGCCUGAAGAAAUGGUUGCUCCAGAGGUUGACCAAAAGCUCCUUGAGGAACUAGAAGGAAUGGGUUUCCCAAAGGCGCGGGCAACUCGGGCACUUCAUUAUUCUGGAAAUUCCAGUCUUGAAGCUGCUGUUAAUUGGGUAGUUGAGCAUGAGAAUGACCCAGACAUAGAUGAAAUGCCCUUGAUAUCUGCUAACACCAAAGUUGAGGCUCCUAAACCUACUCUUACACCAGAAGAAAUGAAUCUCAAAGCACAAGAGCUAAAGGAGCGUGCUCGCAAGAAGAAGGAAGAGGAAGAGAAGAGAAUGGAAAGAGAGAGGGAAAAGGAGAGAAUUCGAAUUGGCAAGGAACUCCUAGAAGCUAAACGAAUUGAGGAAGAAAAUGAAAGAAAACGUUUACUGGCCCUGCGAAAGGCAGAGAAAGAAGAAGAGAAGAGGGCAAGGGAAAAAAUUCGUCAGAAGUUGGAAGAGGACAAGGCAGAAAGAAGAAGGAGGCUUGGAUUGCCACCAGAAGAUCCUGCAACUGUAAAACCUUCAGCACCUGUUGUAGAGGAGAAAAAGAGCUCCUUGCCUGUUAGGCCUGCCACAAAAGUUGAGCAAAUGAGAGAGUGUUUGAGAACUCUUAAGCAGACUCACAAGGAUGAUGAUGCUAAAGUGAAGAGAGCAUUCCAGACUCUCCUCACUUACAUAGGGAAUGUUGCCAAAAAUCCUAGUGAGGAGAAGUACCGAAAAAUUAGGGUCAACAACCAAACCUUUCAGGAUAGAGUUGGUUCAUUGAAAGGGGGCGUCGAGUUUCUGGAGCUAUGCGGUUUUGAGAAAAUUGAAGGGGAUGAGUUCCUUUUCUUACCAAGGGACAAGGUUGAGACGGCAGUGCUGAAUUCUGCUGGGUCUGAGCUGAAUUCUGCAAUUAAUAAUCCAUUUUUUGGUGUUCUUUAAGUUCAAGAAAUUUCCAUGUACUGAAAAGUGUUCUUUUCCAGAAAAGUGCAAAGUAUUUUCAAGAAUUGUACAAUUAAGCCUCAUGUUGGUUAGAUUUGAGUGAGUAGCCAGUUGUGAAUUUAUACAUUGUUGAAAUUGACAGCACCACCACCGAGCUUAUUCGAGCUGUAUCUUCCAUCUACUGCUGUAUACUUAUGGUUGCCCAAGGCCUAUAGAUAUGGCUUUAUUAUUAAAAUAAUGUGAAAAAAAAAAUCAAUUUGAUGUUAAA